UUUUCUCUUCUAGUCCCCACUGGCUAGUCGGACUUAAGAGAAACUUUCAAUUCAACUGCGGACCCAGUCAGUUUAAGCACUUGUUGCGGCGACAAAAACCGGGCGCGCACUCUUGCUGUCACAUAAGAGGAGAAUUUCGUUUUCCUAUUCGUACAUGGAGAAGUGCUCUUAGCUCCUGCGUGUGACAUUAGUGUCUGGACCAUCUCAAGUGAUAUUUGCCACGAUAUCCACGAAAAUGGUGCACAGUGUAGCGAUUUUUGUUAUUCUUUGUUUUGGAACAAUUUUAGCCGAGAGAAGAUUUAGAAAUGCUCCCAUUGCUACUAGCGUAAAAACUGGGGUAAAUUUCGAUUGUCCUGAAGAAUUCGGUUAUUAUCCUCACCCCAGCGACUGCACACAAUAUUAUGUUUGCGUAUUUGGUGGAGCUCUUUUGGAGUCCUGCACAGGAGGCCUUAUGUACAGUCACGAACUCCAAACUUGUGACUGGCCGAGAAACGUAGGAUGUGACGGAUUGGACGUCUCAGUAUCUGGAGCUCCAGCUUCCUACUCAUCUUACAGCCCACCUGCAAGAAGUAAAGAUCGAGGCCGAGAAAGAGAAAAGGAUAAAGAGCGAGAAGACACAAGGCCAAGAUAUUCUGCUCCUCCACCACCACCACCGCCACUAGUGCAACCAGCUGCUGUGGUGACAUCUAGAGGACAACCAAGAAACUUACAGCAAACACAGCAAGAGAUAAUCAAGAGAAAACAACAGCAACAACUUUACGUUGAAGCUGAAGAAGCACUACCACCAGCUGAAGAAAUUGAAAGUGAUCGCCAACAACGUGUUUAUCGUGGACAACCUUCGACUAUUGGUCAAGUACAAAGAGACAGAGAUGGCCUAAGACAUUCUAAUGCCAUAUCUAGCUACAGUGGACGAGGCGAGAAAAUUGGUGUAAUUUCAUUCGGAACACAAAACCAACAUUACAGAUUGAUGACUGACGACGAUUUAUUACUUAAAUAUAUUACUCCAAAAAGAAGACAAAAGAGACAAAUACCAAAAAGUCGACCGCCUGAAACUACCCACCAUACACGCCGUCAAGGAAACGAAAAACAUUUUUUAGAUUUUAUACAAUUUCAGCCUCUUACCGAGCAACCCCGCUAUACCAAGAGAUUUAGUUUUAAUCCUAGUGCGCCAAUUAGUAACAAAGAGGACGACUUUCAUCCUUUUACGCCAAGUUACCAGAAGAAUUCGAAUAAUUACCAGUAUAUUGCUUUUGGAAAAUGGGCUGAUAUACCUUCUAGAACCUCUACGAUAAGAUACGUGAAUUCCUACACUACUCCAAACCCUGCUAGUGAUAAAAAACGAAACCGUUUCCCUAUUAAGUAUAAUACAUCACCUGUUUUAGUUUUGCAAGGUGAUUAUAGUCAAACAGAAGCACAAAAAGUGCCAUAUGUUAUUUCCCAUAAACCUGGAAAUCUGCAGACUCAAGCUAUUGUAGCUCCUUAUGAAGUAACCACAGACAGUAACGAAAAUAUUCAAGCAAAUACAACAGAAGAAAGUUCCGUUGAGGAACUAGAACAAUUUGAACCUCCCCCAGAAUUCUAUAAAACAGAAAACCCUUAUGCUCACAUAACGAACCCAUUUGCUGACCCGAAUUUUGAUUUUGAUGAGUUUUUAAAAAGAUUUCAAGAUCUCAUGACUUCUACUGAAAAUUCCGUUGUAAGUACCAUAACUAGUACUGAAAGUACUACCUUAAAAAGUAAGUUAAGUGAAACAACUACCUCACCUAGUAGCCAUAAACAUUCAGGAUUAAAUCUGAUAGAUUUAAAAGUGGAUGAAAACAGGAAAAAUGAGAAUAAAAGAAACAAUCACAGGGUUCAUUACACCAAUACAGAUCUAGAUAAAAGGUACUUAGGUAAUGACACUCGAGGAAAUCAUCCUAAAAACUAUAGUAAUAUAUUAAAUAUAAAUUAUAUUAAAGAAAAUUCUAGUCAUCAGAAUGUGAAACCUGCCAAAGUUGAAGAUCCUCAGCAACCAAAAAUUCACCCAGUAGUAGACAAAACACAGGUUAACGAUUCUAGUAACGAUUAUUAUUAUUAUUAUGACACCUACGAAGAUGACCCAUACCCUGAUAAAGAUGGCAUAAGAAAUAACAAAGACUACAUUUACUACUACGACGAUGAGUAUUACUACCCAGACUUUAAUUCCGAAAGAAAAAACUCAACAAGCGAAACAGUUAAAAGCAAUGAAAAGGUUAAGGUUAUCGUUUCUGAUUCUAAACUAAAUACGCAAGGAUCUACAGUCAGUCCAACUGUAAAAGUUAAUUUGCCAUAUCAAAAAAGCAGGAAAACUACACUUUACCGCAAUACAACUACAACCCCUAGACCUAAUCGGACUACAAGAAGAUAUUCAACGAGACCAACGAAAAGACUUGUUAAAAGGCCUGAAGAAAAUGUAAAACAGAGGAUUCCUUUCAAGGAAUUGUAUGACAACGAAACUAAAAGCCAACGAGGAGAAGGUUUCAAGAGUGAAGAAAAACCUGUUUCCCCACAACAAGCGUCAGUGUCUGCUGUUGCUGCCCCAGCAAGGAACAUUUACAAUGGAAGUCAAUACAGCGACAACCGCUAUGAACCUUAUUAUUCUCUUUAUGAAGACGACGUUGAAAUAUACAGAGACGAAUAUCCAGCAAAUGAAAACACAUAUAACAAUGAAAAUUCGCCAUCUACAGCUUAUAGGGGAACAGCACCAGUAUCGACUGUAACACCAUCUUCCAUACGCAAUGAAAUACCAAGACGAGGAAAUACUGUAUAUAUAGAAAAUAAUAUCAAUCCUCAAGAUAUCUAUCAACAAUCUACUGUUUCGGACUAUAAUGAAAAUAAUAACAAAUAUGAGACACAGGAUGACCAAAACUCGUAUAAACAAAAUAAUCGUCAACAGUCUUACAGGGGAGACAGGAAUGAAUUGAAUGAUGUGGAAGAAGUUGCCACUAAAAGAACAACAACUAAAAGAACCACAACCACCACUAGAAAACCCUCCACUACAACUAGAGUUACAUCCACCACGACGACAAUUCCUCCUCCAAAGAGUUCACAACCCCCACAGAGCGCAAGGCCUGAAAAGUCCAUCCAGAAUCAUUCACUUGCAGAAACAGCUGAGAACACAGACCACUUUUAUGACACAUACGAUCCCUAUCCUCCUUCUUAUUAUAAUGAUCCCGAUAUCAACCAUAAAGAAAAUAUAACGUUUGUAGUUUUAGAUAGUUAUGAUGAUCUAUAUCCGCAAUAUUAUACAGUGAAUAAAAUUCCAGCUAACCCUAAACAAACAGAUAUUGAGCCGUCUUCGACAACAAUUUCUGUAACAACUUCAACAUCUAAAAGUAGACCUAAUUUCCAUUACAUUACAAAACCAAGUAUAAUUACAACUACUCCACGAAAUACUCCCCAUCCCACAACUGAAUCAAGUACUACCACGACUACCACAACUACUAGUACAACGCCGAGAACAACGAUUACAAGUACUACCACUGUACCUAUUUCUACACCUGAAACAGAAUUAGAACAACUUAGUAGGAGUAGUUCAGUGAACAAACGUCCUUCAGCUGCACAGAUCAUAAUCCCGACAACGUAUCUGCCUUUCAGAUUUGUGCUUAAAGCACCUAUUUCAAAAGCUGUCGUUGUUGACACUACCCCUAUAUCCAAUACUUGGAAAUCUAACUCAACUGCUUCCGUACACCAAAACAUCAACAACAGCUCACGAGCUUUCAAGACCUUGAAAGCUGUAAGAAAAGUAUUAAAUCCAGUAAGUCUUAACCAUGAAUUGUCGGCAUCUGCCGAGGAAGCUAAGAAUUUAGCUAAAAAUUUGAAAGAAGAAGUUGAUACUCCGGUUAGGUUAAAGUUUUUCGUUAGCGAGCACAGAAUAAGUAACGAAAAAUUUGUACCUACGUCACGAGUUCAAAAUAGAUUGCAAAAUCAGUUGAGAAAGACUAGCAGUACCACUCAACGUAUUUCUACUGUUAGUACUACUGUUUCGACAACACCAAAAAGUGUUAAAACAACUGAAGAGCCAUUUGAAGAGCCUGAAUUGUCUGAUGAGGAAUAUAUUACAGACUCUAUUGAGAAUUAUGACUCAAAAAGUACUGAAUUGACAUCUACUGAAGACGAAAACGAUACUAAACUACCAAAACCAAACAGUUUACCUACACAAGAACCCAAACCUUUCUCUAAACCUGUUAUUACAAGUACGGCAACCACUAAUUUUCUGCAAAAUGAUUCACUACCAACUAGAACAUCCCGGGUCAAUGCGGCUAUAAAAUCUCUCAUAAAUCUUGGGGAGACGCGAGGAUCUAGUAAAUACAAAGAAGGACUAAUUUUUCCUUCAAAAAACUAUUCGAAGCAGAGAACACCAUCACGGGGACGAGGUUCAGUACAAUACUCUGGUGCGGGUGAUCAAAUAACAAAUAAUGAAGUAAUAGUGACUAACAAUAGGGGUACACCACCAACUCGAUCUAGACCAACUCUAAAACCCUCGACAUCGAUCGUAUCCAAAGCUCAGGAAUUUGUCGAUGUCUAUAAAUAUCCUCCAACUAGACCUGACCCAAUUUAUCCACAACCCCAAGUGGAUAAGACGGCAGCAAAAUGUCGCAAAGAUGUUUGUUUGCUUCCCGACUGUAGCUGUGGUGGAAAGGAUAUUCCUGGAAAUAUUUCCGUGGAGGAGGUCCCGCAGAUCGUGCUGAUGACUUUCGAUGAUGCAGUCAAUGACUUAAAUAAACCAUAUUAUAUUGAUAUAUUUGAAAGCGGUCGCAAGAAUCCAAAUGGCUGCCCAAUAAGUGCCACCUUUUACGUAUCUCACGAAUGGACCGAUUACAGCCAAGUUCAAAAUCUGUAUGCAGAUGGUCAUGAGAUGGCUUCCCAUACGGUUUCUCACAGCUUUGGUGAACAAUUCUCUCAAAAGAAGUGGACCAGAGAAGUAGCUGGGCAAAGAGAAAUUCUUGCUGCAUAUGGUGGUGUUCAUCUUGAAGACGUUAGAGGAAUGAGAGCACCGUUCUUGUCGGUUGGAGGAAACAAGAUGUUCAAAAUGUUAUACGACUCCAACUUCACUUAUGACUCUUCCUUGCCUGUCUAUGAGAAUAAACCACCUAGUUGGCCUUACACUUUGGACUACAAACUUUUCCACGACUGUAUGAUUCCUCCCUGUCCCACUCGCUCUUAUCCUGGAGUAUGGGAAGUACCUAUGGUUAUGUGGCAGGAUCUGAACGGAGGAAGGUGCUCAAUGGGAGACGCUUGCAGUAAUCCACCAGAUGCUGAUGGUGUGUUCAAAAUGUUAACGAAAAAUUUCAUGAGGCAUUACACCACUAACAGGGCACCAUUUGGUUUGUUCUAUCACGCUGCUUGGUUUACUCAACCUCAUCACAAAGAAGGAUUUAUUAAUUUCAUAGACAGUAUUUUGGCCAAGAAUGACGUAUGGUUCCUUACAAAUUGGCAAGCUAUUCAAUGGGUUAGAGAUCCAACACCCAUGUCAAGAAUUGGAUCUUUCCAACCAUUCCAAUGCAAUUACCAGAAUCGACCAAAAAGAUGCAACAAUCCUAAAGUCUGUAAUUUAUGGCACAAAUCUGGUGUGAGAUACAUGAGAACCUGCCAACCCUGUCCAGACAUUUAUCCAUGGACUGGAAACACCGGAAUCCGAAGUAGUAAAAUUGACAACGACAUUGGAGAUUAGACUAUAAUACUAUGGCAGCAAGCCAUACUUUUACCCACAACCCAUUAGCCAUCAAUUGUUUUCUAGUGAAACAUCUUUCGCGAAAAGAAUUUAACGUAUUUAAUCGGUAACAUGGAAUGCGACAUCGUUAUGUUGAAAUCUCUGGGGUAUGGUCACAUUCUGUAACAUUCUAUAACAUAUCGAUGUAACCUGCCAUAUAAAAUAAUUAGUUCUUGUGUUAAUAUCUGUCCUACGUAAUUAUUUUAACAAAAAAUUCUAGAAGUUGUUUUAUAUUUUUGCCUAAAAAAUUGUUUUAAAUUUUUUUCUCCAAAAUCAAAAAUAUUAAAUAAUUUCCUACGAAAAUCUGUUUGAAAACUAGUAACUAAACAAUUUCGUAGAUUAUAUUUUUUAACAAAAUUGGCAUCAUCUCUCAGGAUAACGGCACAGUUUUUCCAAAUUACUAUACUUUUUGAUAUCAGAUUUUUUCUGUUAUUACUUUCACUAUUCGAUGGUUUUCCAAAAAAGACGCGUAUUUUAUUGUCUCGGGCUAUUCUUAACAAUCUGUCUUCAUUUAUUCUUCCUUCAUGAUCAUCCCAAGUUUCUCCAAUUAUUCUUUAUUCUACACUCCUAAAGCGAAUGAAGGGUAAUAUUGCGCAGCUAAGCAGAAACAUCCACGAAAUUUACAUUUUACACAAUAAACAGUUGGCAGAUUGGUAAAUUCUUCAGAAAUUUGUUUAGUUGAAGAUAUUAUAAGAAUUUAAAAAAUAAGAUAUAAAUUACUAAAAUAGGUAUUAUACAAAUACAAAACACGUGGUUUUCGAGGUAUUGCCCCACUCAGUGAGGUAAUGUCUCUUAGCUAGUGAGGCAAUAUCGUGCAUGUUAUUUGGGCCGAAAAGUAAUAAAAAAUAAAAAUAAUUGAGGACAUUUUAAAUAAACUUAGAAACACAUUAUCAAUACAGUUAUCAGGAAUUUCAAAUAUUGUUUUAAAAUAAACGUUGUUUUGAUGCUUCUGCUUUCUUAAUAUUUUCUUUAUGCAUAUCGCAUUGAAAACCUGCAGCUGACUUCCAACCACUACAAGCUGCAUAUGCUCAUUCUACACCCAAUGCAGUGAUACCAAACUUCCUUGUUUUUUCCAAAUUCAUCGGAUAUGAUCCAUACUUCAUUGACUACAGGAGGAUUGUGAUAUUAUUCGAUUUCACAUAGAUCCGAAUUAUUACUAUCUGACAAAUCCAUAUCUAUGGAUGAUUCAGAAUAAUUCUCAUCUUAAAUACCAUUCUUCUUUUCCGUAGAUUUAUUAUUUUUAGCAACAUUAACUUUUCGUUUCAAUUUUUUUUACUUUUACACUCAACCAAACUUAUAUGGACUCAUCUAAUAUUUUUUAUUAUUUUAAGCAAAUUAAAGCUAAAUUUAAUUUUCUUUCAAAAUGUAUAAACAUUCUCAAUUGCAACACGAAAAUGCAGCAGCUGCAUAAUACUAUGGUCAAAUCUGAGAGUGCAGGAAGAGUCUAUACCGGUUUCGGGGGCUGUUUCCCCCUCAUCAGUAGUCUCAUAUCCUCCUCUCUCAGAUUCUUCCACGUACCACACUUUGGGCCUUUCCGAAUUGCAAAGAAAGAAAUGUCAGGGAUGAACUAGGGCCAUGUACCCAAAACAAAGUAAGUUAUCAAUCGAAGUAGCACAGAAAACGACAAUAAAAAUAUCGUCUCCAUACCACCCGAUUGACAACAGGUGGAAUACUUUCUUUGGUUACACCUCCUGAGAUUUUCAAAAUUUAUAAAUCAUACAGGAUGCCGAGGAAAUUAAGAUGAGAGAAUUUUAAAUAAUUCACAACUCAUCUGCUCAACGUGGUAAAAGCUUCAACAAGAAAGAUUCCUUAAUACUCAAACAAAAGAGUAAAUGAAUUAAAAAUGUAUAAACAUUCUCAAUUUCUUUGCAACACGAAAAUGCAGCAGCUGCAUAAUACUAUGGUCAAAUCUGAGAGUGCAGGAAGAGUUUAUACCGGUUUCGGGGGUUGUUUCUUCCUCAUCAGUAGUCCCAUAUCCUCCUCUCUCAGAUUCUUCCACGUACCACAUUUUGGGCCUUUCCGAAUUGCAAAGAAAAAAAUGGAGACGAUAUUUAUUGUCGUUUUCUGUGCUACUUCGAUUGAUAACUUACUUUGUUUUUCAGUAGAUGGCCCUAGUUCAUCCGUGACAUUUCUUUCUUUGCAAUUCGGAAAGGCCCAAAGUGUUGUACGUGGAAGAAUUUGAGAGAGGAGGAUAUGGGACUACUGAUGAGGGGAAACAACCCCCGAAACUGGUAUAGACUCUUCCUGCACUCUCAGAUUUGACCAUAGUAUUAUGCAGCUGCUGCAUUUUCGUGUUGCAAACAAAUUGAGAAUGUUUAUACAUUUUUAAUUAACCCAUCAAGGACGGAGUUUUAAAUUUUUUUUUAAAUUAGAAUAAUUUUAAACAAAUUAUUAAGUAAAUUAUUAGUAAUGCUUAAAACAACAAGAAAUAAUUAUGUUUGUUAUCUAUUUUUCUCAAAAUAGUAUGUUGCCAUAUGGCAACGCUAGUCUCCUGUAGGAUCAAAAAAUAAGCACAUGCUAGAAAACAUAAAUUGUUUUUAAUUAGUUAAAAAAGUGAAUAUUAAAUUAAAAUCGUGUGUGAAAAUGAACGUUGCUACUUAUACAUACUCCAACUUUCCAUUUAGUACACAUUUUGCACAUGAUGGAUUUGCAGUUUUCAGCUGCACAUCUCUUUUUUUUCUAUCAGGGGUGUUUGUUAAGAAAUGUCCUAUAUUGUCAAAACGCACGUCACCGGAAACUCUGGCGACCCCCUUGGUUUGCCGGAUUCUGUACCUAUGACAAAUGUUUUCAUAAUAUCUCGCUUGAGCUAAAGCUGCGUCAUAGUAAGCCUUUUUUCUUUUUAAAUUCCAACUGCUUUGCGCUGAACAGUCAAUUAGCCAAGUAAAAAAGCACCAUCACCGUUUUUUUUUACGGAUUCCUAUACGAUAUCUGAAUAUGUUUUGGUUCAUAAGAUCAGUGCCUCCCAUUGCAGAAUUAUAUUUCGCAAUAAAUUGAGGUUUGUCUAUGUGUACGUUCUUUUUAUCGACCUGGGAAUAGCGUUUUACUUCAUUCACAGGUGAAACCCCAUAUGAGGUUGAUGCGACGGUCACUAUGGUGUUAUCAGCCCACCUUUGAAUUACACCUUCCACAACCCAAGUAGGUUGUGGAAAAUGUUUACUUGUUGCUUCAAUAUCGCCACGAACUCAAAUGACUUUUGUCAAAUCAACUUUUAAAUAUUCUUCAUCCCCAACACUUUCAAAAUCUAUUUCCUCAAAUGGACCAUCUUUGCUCCCCAGUCGCUCUUCUUCUGUGUUAUUCUUGUUAGAAAGAACAACCUCGGCCUGUGAGCGAAGUUGAUCUUUUGACAAAUUAUCGACCACCGUCCAUUACCAUCUUCCUCGCCUGAGUCUUCAGCUGCCAGCUCACCCUCUGUAGGCUCAAUGUAGAUUUCGAUCACUUCUAUGUCAUCAUCGUACGUAAUUUCUAAUGCCUCUUCAAGUGUUAAGCCGUUUCUAAAAAAAAACAGUAUAUUAUAAAAGUCGGUAAUAGCGCGUCCUAGCGUUGGCGUAUGGCAACACUCAUAUUUGUGAUAUAAUAUAACAAAUAAAAACUAAAAGAAUUGGUCUCACAAUAUUGAGUAUUUUAAACACGUUAUUUUGACUUUAUAUUUUAUUAAUUUCAAACACGUAUACGAAUUUUUAGUAUUAUUAUUUUACUUACGCAAAUCUGACGUCCAUCUUGAAGUAACAAUUUCACAAACUCUCUCACAAACAACUGAUUUGACAAAUUAAUUUUCGUUUUAGUGGCACCCUAAAUUAGACAAACAAUCUAAUAACGUUAACAUAAUAACUAGUAUCAAAUUCUGUGUUUUUCGGUCUCAACUUUUCGUGUAAGAAUUAAUAUUUUAAACAGUGUUUUGCGUUGCCAUAUGGCAACGCCAGUCUUUGAUGGGUUAAUUUACUCUUUUGUUUGAGUAUUAAGGAAUCUUUCUUGUUGGAGCUUUUACCACGCAGAGCAGAUGAGUUGUGAAUUAUUUAAAAUUCUUUCAUCUUAAUUUCCUCGGCAUCCUGUAUGAUUUAUAAAUUUUGAAAAUCUCAGUAGGUCUAACCAAAAAAAGUAUUCCACCUGUUGUCAAUCUGGUGGUAUGGAGACGAUAUUUUUAUUGUAGUUUUCUGUGCUACUUUGAUUGAUAACUUACUUUGUUUUAAUUUUCUUUCAUUGCACCUCUCCGGAGCUGAACUACAGGUUACAUUACCAAAUCAACAUACCUGCGAGCUAUUAAAGUUGGUUGGAUGAAAAUUGAAGGAUUUUUUGUACCGAUCAUAAGUCCUCUUCAGAACAUGACCCUUCCUCGUUUAUAUUUGUGAACAAAUCUAGCAGUUUCCAUUCUUGCUUGUCUUCCUCGCCCUCUUCUUCUUCUUCAGCCUGUGUUCGUCCACUGCUGGACAUAGGCCUCUUCCAUUUGCUUCCAUCGAUUUCUACUCUUGGCAAUUCUCAUCCACUGCUUGCCCGCGACUUGUUUGAUAUCAUCUGCCCACCUCUUCUGCGGUCUGCCUACUAAUCGCCUGUUCUCUCUUGGUCUCCAGUUUGUUAGUCUCUGUGUCCAUUUUUCGGGAUUAUCUCGGGCAGCAUGUCCGACCCAUUGCCACUUGAGCCUUGCUAUACGUUCUGCGACAUCAGUAAUCUUUGUUCUUUCACGAAUGUCGAUAUUUCGAAUUUUGUCUCUCAAACUAAUCCCUAGCAUGGCCCUCUCCAUCGCUCUUUGAGUUGUACUGAGCUGCUCUAAGGUUUUCUUUGUAAAGGCCAUGGUCUCCAGUCCAUAUGUAGUUACAGGUAAGAUACAUUUGUCAUAAACUCUUCCUCGCCCUCUAAGUACACGAAUUCGUUAAUCAUCUGAUUUUACAUAUCCUACUUUCGUUUGAAAAUAGCACACUUUUCAAAUUUCCAAUGUUCCAGUCUUAGUGUUGGACACCAAUUUACGUGAACAAUCUUGUGCUACCUGGUUAACUCGGGAUCCCGUAACUUUCUCCUGCUAUAUAAUCAUUGGGCACAGCAACUCUGCUUCUUAUGGGUUCAACUAAAAUACUUACACUUAUAGCUUCCAAAAGAUACAAAUUUCAAAUACAUAGUGAUUCCAUAAUAUAAGGUUGGUGGAGUGUAUAUUCACCCUUCUGCUCUCUCCUCUCAUGCUUCUCCAUGAAUAUCCUCCACUGGUGUAACAGUCCAAAUUUCUGAUUGUUGUUUCCUUGUUUUUAUAGUAGACUUUUUAAAUAGUUUCUUUGCGAUGGAAGAUUCUGUAAUAUUUUUCCUAACGACAAAAGCGACUUUAACGAUAAAAGCAAAGAACCAGGUUUGAUUGUGGAUGUUGAUGGUAUGUAGCUCUUGAUGUUGAUGGUUUCUGUUCCGUAGUAGCUCUUGAUGUUGAUAGUGUCUGUUCCGCAGUAGCUCAUGAUGUUGAUGGUGUCAGUUUCGCAGUAGAUCUUGAUAUUGAUGGUAUUGAUUCAGAAAUGUUUUCAUUUACUCCUCUUUCCGCCUCUAAAACAAGUUCUCUAAGCUGUUCAGCUGAUGCAAAGCUUCUAAUGGGGUUAAAAGGAAAUAUUACAAUUGUCCUGAAACUUGAAACCUAUUGAGGGACAUCCGACCGUUUUACAUAGUUUUUAGCUUUCCCCAACACCAUACAUUUGAUUACAUUUCUUAUUGUGCGAUCCAUUGUACAUAUUUGUGGCCUGCGCGAUAUUACCCACUGCGCGAUAUUACCCCUCCUAUCCCAACAAUCAUCAAUGUUCUCUGGGCACUUCUGCUUAUACCAAAAUUCUAAUUUCUUUAUUUAUUUUUUUAAGACAUUUUUUUAACGUUAUUUCUUAAAUUAAAAAUAUCUUCCUUCUGAAUUAGACGUAGGAAGAAAAAGUUAAUAUGUAUCAAUAAAAUGUGCACAUCCUCUGCGAUGUUUUUGUUUAAACAAUUAUUGGCUUCCUUAAAAUACUCUCUAUACGGAAUAUCGUAAUUAAUUUAUAAAAUUUUGAUGUUGUUGAGGUGUCAAGUAAAAAGUUCCUUCAUACCUCAUCAACAUCUGUAUGUACAUCUAGCUGUAAAUAAGUAGAAAUAAUUUAAUCGAAUAUGUCAUCACUACAUUGGAUUAGGAUAAUAAUUAUAGAUUAAUAAAAGGAAAACUUUACACUGCCUAUGUCGUAAAUAGGUUUAAAAAUUUAUGUUGUGAGAUAGAAAUAUUAUUGUACUAUGUAAACGUCAUUUAAAAAUGUAUGUUAAUACUUUUUUAAUUUAUUGUCUGUUUCUAGAAGCAGUGGUUGGUAAAUAUCAACAAAUAAAAUAAAAUUAUAUAAA